CAUUUUUUUUGUGAUUACUACUCUUAGUAUUGUGGUGAUUGAUUAUUUUCUACAGUAAGUGAGCUUGUUGCUUUGUCUGGUUCCUUUGUUUAAAAAAAAAGAGAAAGAAAGAUGUCUGAUCCUGAUGCCCAUCAAGAUGCUGGUAUCAAGCCAGGCUUGUUGGAAAAAAGCAACAAUUCUGGUGAUUCUCAGCCCUCAAUCAAUUUGGAAAGAAGGAACAAAAGUGGGAUAAUUAGUGAACCUUUGAACAAAAGUCUUAAGAAGUCUCGACCACUGUCCCAUUACUCUGCUUUUGGUAGCAGCAGCUCAUUAAGUGAACAUUCAGAGAAAUGUGUCCCUAUGGCCAACAGCAGCGAGGCAAUCGUGGAAAAAAGCAAUUCUACCUCAAAGCACAAAACCAUCUCUGACAUGUUGAGCAAAUCAGAUAUUUCUUUGGAAGGACAGAACAUCUUGCAACAGUUUGCUCAGUCCACAGAGUUGCUCAAAAGAGUAGUCCAGGAGCACAUCCCCCUGUCUAAUGACCACGGGACGGGCAUCUCAGACAUGGAAGCUGUCUCAGCUGCUGAAACAAUGAACAACCCAUCUGAUUUUCCUUACCUGGGGGCUUUUCCCAUCAACCCUGGCCUUUUCAUUAUGACCCCUGCUGGUGUAUUUUUGGCAGAAAGUGCACUCCAUAUGGCUGGCUUAGCAGAGUACCCAAUGCAGAAUGAAUUGGCAUCUGCCAUCAAUUCAGGGAAAAAGAAACGAAAACGAUGUGGCAUGUGCCCUCCUUGCAGAAGACGAAUAAACUGUGAGCAGUGCAGCAGUUGUAGGAACCGUAAAACUGGACAUCAGAUUUGCAAAUUCCGAAAAUGUGAAGAACUUAAAAAGAAGCCUUCUGCUGCACUGGAGAAAGUGAUGCUUCCUACAGGUGCUGCAUUCCGAUGGUUUCAAUAGGAACAAGAAUCCCAAAGCUCUAUCCUCCAGUGCAAUGUCACUGCUUGCUUGUGUUGUCUCAGGCAAGGAAUUUUUUGACGGAAAUAAAUGGAUGCGCCUAUGUCUCCUUUAGAACCAAAAAUAUUUUCUUGCAGAUUUCAUUCCUUUUUUUUAAAAUAUAAUUUUUCGGCAUUUGUUUAACAUCUUUUAAGUACUAGUAAAACAAGCAUUAAUGUUUUCAAAUAAUUUUUUAAAAGAAUCCAUAAAGUAUCAAGAUGUAAUAGAGUAUGGACAAUCAAUCAAUUUGUUUUCCUGUGUUUUGGUGUUGAUGUUGUUUAUGUGUGGAAGAUGCAGUUCUUGUGUAGAGAAUGUAAAUUUACAGUAACCUUUUAAAUCUAGUUACUAAUACGCACUACUGUAAUUAGCACAGCAAUUUCUUCAUUUAUCUGAUUGAUUUCCAUCAUUAAAGAAAAAUAGUGUGGCUAGUUUCUAGAAUGCCUCAAUUCAUGUUUAUAAAUGAAAAUAUAUUUAAAAUAAGGUAGUUUCUUUUCCCUAAUUCUACAGAUAAGACAAGAUUUAAUCAACAAGAUGUCUUGUCUGGUCUUAUAAAGUGGAAAUAUAUUGAAAACUGGCAUUUUUUUAAAAGAAAAGCAAAAAUAAUAAAAUUUAGAACCAAAUAAAAUUGCAUAGUAGAGUAAACCCAGAACUAAUUGCAAUGAUUCACUUUUAGAAACCAUUAGGAAAUAUUGCUGGAAUUCCAAUGUAAGCUGUUGCAGAACCUGUGCUGAAAAAAUAUAGAAGUCCUUUUUUAUGUUGAAAACCCCUCAUCUCCUGCUUUCUUACCAUCUCUAAUUGAAAGGCUGUUUGUAAUGUUCUAGCAAUUCAAGCUAAGCUGUUUUGUGAAUAAAAAUGAAAGCAUGUUUUGUGUCAUGGUUUACAUCUUCAUUAUUCUGUCCAUCUUGGGUGCAUGCCAGGAUGUUUGAUUGCUUGGGUGGGGGUACCAAGUCUAAAAUGACCUGUUAUAUGUUGUUUUUUCCUAUAAUGUUUUCCAAUGUUUGCCUUUCUUGGCCUCAACAAAUUUAAACUAUGCGGGUUUGAUAAUACUUCAGCAUUUUGGUUCUAAUUUUUAAUAUAAGGUAUUAUACAUGUUUAAUAGUAUGAAUGACAUAAUUUUAUGUUUUCUUCUGUCUACAUAUGUAACUGAUUAUCUGAUCUGAUCAUGUUCCACAAAUAUAUGAUGUACUGAAUCUGGGUUUGGUAUAGCCUUCUUAACAGUUUGGUCAGACAAACAAUUAAACAUUUAAUAAAUAUAAUUAUGUUUUAAUAAGGCUACUCGAUUUUAGAAUUAGAAUUCUACAUAGCACUUACGUUAGCAAAUUUAUAGGAAUAGAAGAUGUCUUGGCCCUUAAAUCUCAUGAUCUGCAUGUGGCUUCUGAGAGAACUAGGUAUUUGCUUGAAUUAGGCUGCCAGCUGCAGUGUUCACAAUCAAUCAAAGGCAGCCAAUAUAUAGAAUGGUCCAACUUGCUCUAAAAACUGCUGUCAGUGAGUUCCCCUGGCUGACUUGGAUAUUUGGGGAAAUCUUUCUCUUUUGUCUUUCUUUGCAACUCCUUUAAUAAAGUGAUCCCUCUUUUUAAUUUAGAAAGCACAAGUCACUGGUCACUCAAAGUUGCUAGUCACUCAAUGGAUCAGCACAUGAGGUUGCAUUUUUACUUUUUUUAAUUUUGUAGAAGCAAUCAAGUAUUAAUAAACUUUACAUUUCAUGAGGCAAUGUCAAUAUGCAACAAAAAUUGUACUUAAGUUUGUUUUGUCAAUAAAAAAUUAUUAGGUGGAUGUUUAGAGAUGAAACACAGUGCUUUUGAAAAAGUGUCAAGAGGAGAUUAUCAGUAAAGGAAUCUUCUAUCUCAAGUUCAUACAAUUUGGGUGAACGUUUUGCUGGAAUUAUAAAAUGAAACUAGAGGACAGCUAGUAUUGAAUUCCAAGAUAACCAAGAAUGUUUCGCAUGUUUGGUGGGCUACAAUAUCCUUCCUAAUUUUCUCUUCCUUCACAGUC